ACCGAUGAACGCGCGCCUCCAUAGCAACCCACAGCACACACACACGGCACGGUUGGUUGCCUCCGAGUCUUGUUUGUGCGAUAUAAACGCAGCAGCAGUAGCAGGACCUUGAAGAGUGCCGGGCGCCGAAUAGAAAGUGAAAAAGCGCCAGUGCCGGUGCCGCGGUUUGCUUUAGUUUCGUUUCGUUUCGCUACUUUCCGGAUACUGGUUCCAUCUUCCGCUGAACGAGCUUUGUGCGAUUGCGAGUGUGUGUUUUUUGUUACCAGUCGGAAGCUAGCACCGGAUAUAGCGUGGCCACUGUAUCUCGCGGCAGCGGAUAUUUGGAUUCUUCCCGAUAGGUUUUACCGUGUUGCCUAACGAGAAGUUAUACGCACAGUCGGUGGCUUCCGGUGUGCGCCGGAUAAGGGGUGUGUUUGUGCCUGUUUGGAUGUUCCAGCACGCAACAGCACGGAAGUCGUCACGGAAGGGAGCGGUGCGCGAACUGGGAUGGUUUAAAUUGUGCCACAAGACGUUGGUGAAGUGUUGGUGAACAACUGGAACAAAAUUGUAAAAGAUGGGUCCUAAAAAAGCAAAAGGAAGUACCGUCAUCGAUGGCGUCGACACUUCGAGCAUGUCCCGGGAGCAGCUGGAGCAGUUUGCGCUCAAGCUCCGCAACGAGAUGGAGCGCGAGCGGGAGGAGCGCAACUUCUUCCAGCUCGAGCGCGACAAACUGCGCACGUACUGGGAAAUUACGCGCAAACAGCUGGAGGAAGCGAAAGCGGUGAUCCGUGGGAAGGAGCGCGAUGUAGAGGUCGCCCAGGAGCUGGCCGAUCAGGACACCAAAAAUGUAAUGCAGGAGAUGAAGCACCUGCAGUACGAGCAUCAGUCCCACAUCGGGGAGCUGCGGGCGGAGAUGAUGACACAGCUGAAGAUGGCACAGGAAGACCACACGCUGCAGGAGCGGGAACUGCUGAACGACAAGCGCGACCUGAAGCGGCUGCUGCGCGAGAAGGAGGAAAACACCGAGCUGGAGAUACAGCAGCUGAAGCUAAAGCACAGCGAGCUGUUGAGCGUUGAGCGGGCCAAGUUUCAGGAGGAGAUGGAAGCAAUGACGAAGCUGUUCGAGCAGCGGCUCGCCAGCUACAAGGAGGAGGCGGAGGUGCGCCACGAGAUGGAGCUGUCGGAGGUGGAGGAGCGCAAGAACGGUCAGAUAGCGGAGCUGAUCAGCACGAACGAGCAAGCGUACCGGGAGAUGAAGAGCUACUACAACGCCAUCACCCAGAACAAUCUCGCGCUGAUCAACAGCAUGAAGGAGGAGAUGGAGGAGAUGCGCCUGCAGUCGGACAAGGAUCUGAAGAGCUUCGGCGAGGUGAUGGCGGAGAACAAGCGGCUAACGGAGCCGCUCAAGAGCUCGCAGGCCGAGCUGGUGGAGCUGCGCAAGAAGCUGCAGUACUACGACCGCGACAAGGCCACCCUGAACCGGGUGAAGACGCGCCUGAACAGUACGCAGAAGCAGCUGGCCAGCCUGAAGCUCGAGCAGGACGUGCUGCAGAUGCGCUGCGAGAAGCUGGUGGAGGAGCGCGAUCAGCUCAAGCGGCUGUUCGAAAAGUCGAUGCUGGAGCUGCAGCAAAAGUCGGGCCUGAAGAACUCGCUGCUGGAGCGCAAGCUGGAGUACAUCGAGAAGCAGACGGAGCAGCGCGAAGCUAUCCUUGGGGAGGUGUUGUCGUUGGCCGGGAUAGAGCCUCAGUCGCUGAGCAUGCGGAUCGAGAAGCUGCUGGUGCAGAAGAACGACAAGAUCCAGGCGCUGCGGUACGAUUUGGCCCGGGUGAGCAAGAUGUACGAUGAUCUGCUGUCGCUGAUUGAGGGCAAGCUGGUGAAGUACGGCAUCACGCUGAAGGACCUGGAGCUGCAAAACCUGCGGCAGGAGAGCAAGUAGGGCGAUUGUGGUUUCUGGGCCUCUUGCUUCCCUCUGGAAGACUAAUCACAGGAGAGACUAAUCCUGGCGUGUGUGAGUGUCGGGUUUCUUUAAACAUUGCACAGGAAAUGUACUCGGCACAUAGAACGAUAAGGGAGUUUAAAGCAUUCAUCCUUGAUGCCUUGCUCUUAACCACUAAUUAAGGCAAAACGACGACACACUCUCUCUCUCUCUCUAUCCCAGGGUGUGGAUGUGGCAUAAAUGCAAAUGAUAAUUAUUACCAGGCG